AUGGGGGGGGGCACUCAUGGGGCGCGGCCUCUCCAGCGUCUCCGCUCUUCCCUAGCCAUCGAGCUGAUCAAGGACCUGGUCAACUACGACGUGCGUUUCCCUCUGCUCAAGGGCCUGGUGGCCCUGCUGACACCAUCCUUGGAGAAGUCCAAACUGCACUCCAAGAUCCUCGCGGAUUCCUCGGUUCUCGAUUUCACCACCCACCUGCCAGUAUUCUUGCAGCAGGCUGCGGCCGCCAAGACCAUCGGGGUCCUGGCGCGCGGCAGCCUGAGCGUCGCGGAGGACCUGCUGCACAUGCGCGUGGUGCACAGCCUGCUGGCCGCCAUGGGCAACACGGACCACAGCAACAGCCAGAGGCUGGCCAGCCUGACGCUGGAGGUCUUCGUGCAGAUGUUCCCGGUGGUGGAGGAGCACGUGCGCAAGUCCAUGGGGGAAGAGCUCUUCCAGCUUUUCCUCGUGAGUGCUCCCUCCCGGCCCCCUAGAUUCAGCCCAG